AUGCCUGGAAGAUUUCGACUUCUCAAAGGAAUAUCUUCGUUUGCAAUGUUGGGGUUUGUUUCUGCUGUUUGUGCUGGAUUUUGCGCAGCUGUGGCGUCCACUUGCGCUAAACUAGCAAUGUCUCCAGAACUUCAGAGGAAAAUUUGGUGCAAUUUUUUACUUCAAGGCUUUGGUGUUGGUGCCACGAAUGGUUCCCCGAUCACAUCUGCCUGUCAAAUGGUGGUUAAUCUUGCACGAGCUUCUUCAUUUCUUCUGGUUUUCCUGUUCAAUGCCCUGAUGUGGACCCUAUUUGUGAAGUCUCUUAGAGCAUCAUCUUCUUCAGCUACAGCAACAGUUACCAAUACAGCCUCAAAUUUCAUUUGCACUGCGCUGCUUGGUUGCCUGUUGUUUGGCGAGACACUUUCCAUGCAAUGGUGGUUAGGUACAUCUCUCAUUCUCACAGGCUUGAUUCUGAUUCACUAUAACAGUGCACCUUUAACUAAUGAUCAAGGUCAUGACAAGAGAGAGUGAAUGGGGCUGAAAAGGCAAUUUGUUCAAGUGGAGUGACAAUCCCACACAGCUUUACAGUGGUUAGUCAAGUCAAGGGGAUUGUCUAUCAAGAUGCGGAUAAUGUUUCUGGGAAAAAAAAUUAGAAUUUUGAAUUAGAUGGACCUCUAUUUGGCGACUAUUGGUCCAUUGUAGUCAAACUGGAAGUCAGAGUUUUAGUUGUUGUAUAAUCAAGAAAACAAGUUAGAGAACUUUGGAUAAAAAGUUUUGGAUAAUGGAAAAGAAAUAACAACAUACUCAAUUCCAUGAGACAAGGCUUGGCAUUGGCAUCAGAAGGCAAGUGCAUUAUGCACAGGGUAAUCAUACCUCUUAGUAUAGAGUAUGACUGACUAUCAGAAUACUUCAUGAUCCAGGAAUAUAUCUCUUGUUAGGGCCAAUGAGGAAAAGCUGGCCAUUUGAAAGUUUGAUGGUUGCUUUUUUGCAUGAAUUUUCAAUGUUGACCAAAGGGCAAGAAAUUGCAUAUCUUGUUACAGUGUUAAAUCACCAACAGAUGCUGUCCAUUUAAACAAAAAGCAAUAAUGGCCUGUUCAAGAUUUGUCCAUAUCACCUACAGGUCUUCAACAGAAAAUAUAAACCGCAUGAUGAAACUGAUCAUCAGAAAUGCUAACUGUUUUUUCAUUACAAAAACAGCUGAAUUCUUUUUUGGUCAAAAAGAAAAGCAUAUUUAAACUUCUUAAAAAGUAUUUCUACAUAUUUUGCUGGAAAGAUUUAGUCCAAAUUAGAAAGAUUUUUUGGGAAAGCCAAGAAUUAUGAUAUAAAGAGAAACUAUUUAUGUUGUCAUUACUGUUUUUAACAGUGUGUUUUUCUUUUUGCAAUACUUUUUUUCACACUUUUCAAAUUAAUUAUUUAACAUUUCCUUUUCUGAUUCACAAACAUUUUCUACCC